UGCAGUCAUAGAUUUUGUACAUCUUUUUUGUUAUUAUCUGUGGGUGGUUCUAUUUCUAUGAAAAAGUAAUUUUGUUUGGCUGUCCAUUUUCAUGAGUUUUCAAGUAUUGACUGGGAAAUAUAGCUAAAGUAAUAAUUAAUAAUGGCUUUAUACUGUGCAAUAUCUAAUGAGGUCCCCGAGCUGCCCGUGGUGUCCCCUAUGUCUGGCGCCGUAUUUGAGAAGCGCGUUAUCGAGAAAUAUAUCAUAGAAAAUGGAGUAGACCCUAUCAAUGGCAAGGAAUUGAGAGUAGAGGAUCUUAUUGAGAUUAAAACUCCACCAAUAGUGAAACCAAAGCCACCGAGUGCCACAUCCAUCCCGGCCACUCUAAAGAGCAUGCAAGAUGAGUGGGACGCUCUCAUGCUGCAUGCCUUUACACAGCGUCAGCAGCUUCAGACUGCUCGACAGGAACUAAGUCACGCUCUGUACCAACACGACGCGGCGUGCCGAGUGAUCGCGCGUCUUACCAAGGAGGUGACAGCCGCCCGAGAGGCGCUCGCCACGCUCAAGCCGCAAGCUGGCAUCGUCGCGCCGCAGCCUACGCACCAGGCGGAGGGCUCUGCGGCGGGCGGCGGCGCGGCGCCGGUGGGCAUGUCGGGCGAGGUGGUGGCGCGGCUGCAGGAGCGCGCCACGGCGCUGACGCAGGAGCGCAAGCGCCGCGGCCGCACCGUGCCCGAGGGGCUGCUGGCGCCCGACCAGAUCCGCGCCUUCCUCACGCUCGCCUCGCAUCCCGGUCUCCACUCGGCCAGUGUGCCCGGCAUCCUGGCCUUGGAUAUCAAUCCUUCAGACCACAGCAAGCUGCUGACAGGAGGCAACGACCGCAACGCGACCGUGUUCAACAAGGACACGGAGCAGGUGGUGGCCAUCCUCAAGGGGCACAGCAAGAAGGUCACGCGCGUCAUCUACCAUCCCGACGAGGAUACCGUCAUUACUGCCUCGCCGGAUCAUACUAUUCGUGUUUGGAAUGUGCCUACGUCUCAAACGACAGUUAUUCUGCGCUCUCACGAUGGUCCAGUGACUGGUCUCUCGCUGCACCCCACUGGCGACUAUGUGCUGUCCACGUCCACUGACCAGCACUGGGCCUUCUCCGACAUCCGCACGGGCACGCUGCUCACCAAGGUCAGCGACUUCUCCGGGGUCAGCCUCACCACCGCACAGUUCCAUCCUGACGGUCUUAUCUUCGGAACCGGCACGGAGAACUCCCAAGUCAAGAUUUGGGAUCUGAAGGAACAGAGCAACGUGGCCAACUUCCCAGGACAUGUUGGCCCAGUGACGUCUAUCUCCUUCUCUGAGAACGGUUAUUACCUUGCCACUGCAGCUGAAGACGCGUGCGUUAAGCUAUGGGAUUUGCGAAAGUUGAAGAACUUCAAGACUAUUCAGCUUGAAGAGGGGUAUGCCAUUAAGGAGUUGUGCUUCGACCAGAGCGGUACAUACCUGGCUAUCGCGGGUACGGACGUCAGGGUGUACCUGUGCCGGCAGUGGCAGGAGCUGAAGGUGUUCAACGACCACACGGCGUCGGCGACGGGCGUGAGGUUCGGCAAGAACGCGCAGUACAUCGCCUCCACCAGUAUGGACAGAACGCUCAAACUGUACGGCUUAGAGUAGUACACUAGUCCAUGUUAUUUGUUUUCUAUAGAUUGAGCUGAUUUAGGCCUCUAUGUGCCCUGUUAAGGUAGCAAUUCGAUGUGAGCUCUAAUGUGAUGAAUCUAUUGCAGGGUUGUUCUUUUUGUAUUUUUUUUAACUGCGACCCAGACGUUGGGGCCACAUUUGGUACUUUAGUGAAUUCGUUUUUAUUUAUUUACUUGGCGAAAAACCAGCCAAUUUGGCUACUUUAGCGGGAUCACAGUCAGGUCAGAAUUAUAUUAUUAACAUAUGGCACUAACCUCUAGUGGUUGUCAAUUAAUUAACUACCACCCCAACUGCCCAUUACAGAUAUAUUUCCCAAAUUACUGACGAGUGUAUAGUUAAAAUAAAUAAACAUUAUACAUGACUAUAACAGUGACCCAAUACUAGAUUACCUGUAAUUUUUAGUGUCGCUAAUAUACAUUUUAGCAUCAUGUACCCAGUAAUAAUAUUUCAUAUAAUUUUCUUAAAAAGUUGCCAUGCCAUAAUGUCUGCUCAAUACCUGCCUAAGUUUGAAAUGCCCUUUACAAAAACAUAACAUUCUGGUAUUUCAAACGUAAUUGAUUUUAUGCUUCUGGCAGUUUCGACUUUAAAUAUAUUUGACUGGAGUCUUUAUUGAUAAAUAACCUAAUGAAAAGUACAUUCUUGAUUAAAUUUAUAUUAUGUAGGUUAGGUUUUAGCUCAUAACGUCUUAUUGUAAGUAUAUUCGUAUAGUGAGUGGUCAAUGUUUUAUAAGGACUUGAGAAAAAGCUGACGAAUUGUGGAAAGUUUCAUUUCUUUAGUAAUAAAGGGAAUGACUUUA